AUGCCCACCACCCAAAUCAACAUUGUGCUCGCCGAGCCACGAUGCAUGGCUGGAGAGUUUUUCAACGCAAAAGUCUUGUUGGAUUCAUCGGAUCCGGAUACCGUAGUUCACUCGUUUACAGCAGAAAUCAAAGGAAUCGGAAGAACUGGAUGGGUUAAUAUCCAUACUGAUAAGAUUUUUGAGACAGAAAAGACAUACAUCGACACACAAGUUCAACUUUGCGAGUCUGGAACGUGCCUUCCAGUCGGAAAACAUCAAUUUCCAGUUCAAAUUCGAAUUCCACCAAACUGUCCGAGUAGCUAUGAAAGUCAAUUUGGAAGUAUUCGAUAUCAAAUGAAAGUUGAUCUAGUGGCGAAUACGGAACAAGCCUCCUGCUCCGAAGUCUUCCCUUUGGUCAUAUUAACUCGCUCAUUUUUCGAUGAUGUUCCUUUGAAUGUAAUGUCUCCAAUUGACUUUAAAGAUGAAGUCGAUUUCACAUGUUGCACACUUCCAUUUGGUUGUGUCUCGUUGAAUAUGUCACUAACACGCACAGCAUUUCAAAUUGGAGAAUCCAUUGAAGCAGUGGUCACAAUAAACAAUCGAACGAGGAAGGGGUUGAAAGAAGUGGCUCUUCAGUUAAUAAUGAAAACUCAAUUCGAAGCGAGAAGUCGAUAUGAGCAUGUGAAUGAGAAGAAAUUGGCUGAGCAAUUGAUUGAGAUGGUCCCAUUGGGAGCAGUGAGGUCCAGGUGUAGAAUGGAAUUCGAAAAAUGUCUGCUCCGUAUCCCAGACGCCGCUCCACCAACACAAAAUUAUAAUCGAGGAGGUGGAGAAUGCUCAAUUAUUGCAAUUCAUUUUGUGCUGAAGUUGACAGCGUUGCCAGGAAUCGAAUGCGAAAUCCCCCUAAUCGUGACCAGCUGUGGAUACAUGGAUCCCCAUAAACAAGCAGCAUUCCAACAUCAUUUGAACCGUUCAAAAGCAAAAACUUCAGCUUCCCAACAGCAACAACCCCGGAAAACAAGAAAUAUCGUCGAGGAGAAUCCCUAUUUUCGAUAA